GGUAUGCAUAACUUUAUUUGGCUAAUUUAGCUUGAAAAGAAAACAGAAAGAGGAAGGGAGAGUAUCAUCCAGAGGGAUAAAUACUUGAGCAAUUUCAGAAUUUUUUUUCUUGCUUCUAAACACAAGCCUUUCAAAUCUCCGUGAUGGGUUAAGUUGCUGGUUGUUCUGUCUUUAUUUUUACUAAAUUUCUCAGGCAAAAUUCUGAUAAAUUAACAUCCGGCUUGAAAGAGCUGUUUUUGUCUUUAUUAGUCCUGGUUGUGUAACAAACAGAAGAGGAGAGGAGAAGAGAAGGGAUUAGAAGAUGGCAGGAGGGUCCAUGGCACCGGCCGGUGUGGCCAAGGAAAGAGCAGAGCAAUAUCAAGGAAGAGUCACCUUCUUUGUUGUCAUUGCCUGUAUAACUGCUGCAGUUGGAGGGUCUAUCUUUGGAUAUGAUAUUGGAAUUUCAGGAGGAGUGACAUCAAUGGAUGAGUUUCUUAGGGAAUUUUUCCAUAGGGUAUAUUUAAAGAAACAACAUGCACAUGAAAAUAAUUACUGCAAGUAUGAUGACCAGGGACUAGCGGCUUUUACCUCGUCUCUUUACCUCGCUGGUUUAGUUGCAUCUCUAGUGGCAGGACCUGUUACUAGGAUAUAUGGGCGCCGUGCAAGUAUAAUCUGUGGAGGUAUCAGCUUUCUUAUUGGAGCAGCGUUAAAUGCCUCUGCUAUUAACCUGGCUAUGCUUCUCGUAGGCAGGAUUAUGCUUGGGGUAGGCAUUGGGUUUGGAAAUCAGGCUGUUCCAGUGUAUUUAUCGGAAAUGGCACCGGCUCAUCUUCGAGGAGGACUGAACAUUAUGUUUCAGCUGGCUACUACAAGUGGGAUAUUUACAGCAAAUAUGGUGAACUAUGGAACUCAAAAGCUUAAACCAUGGGGAUGGAGACUUUCACUAGGACUAGCUGCAUUUCCAGCUUUACUAAUGACAAUAGGAGGGAUACUUCUACCUGAGACACCAAAUAGUUUAAUGGAACAAGGAUUACAUGAGAAAGGGAGAAAAGUAUUAGAAAAGAUAAGAGGAACCAAAAAUGUAGAUGCAGAAUUUCAAGACUUGCUAGAUGCGAGUGAGUUGGCUAAUUCAAUUAAGCAUCCUUUUAGAAACAUUCUUGAAAGAAGGAACAGACCACAGCUGGUUAUAGCAAUCUUUAUGCCAACAUUUCAAAUCUUGACAGGCAUAAAUUCAAUUUUAUUUUAUGCUCCAGUGUUGUUUCAAAGUAUGGGAUUUGGACGAAAUGCUUCACUUUACUCUUCGGCUUUGACUGGAGCAGUUCUUUGUUCUUCUACCUUCAUUUCUAUAGCAACAGUUGACAGAUUGGGUAGAAGAUUUCUGCUCAUCAGCGGUGGAAUACAAAUGAUUACAUGUCAGGUAAUAGUGGCUAUAAUAUUGGGGGUGAAGUUCGGAGAUGACAAGCAAUUGUCAAAAGGAUUCUCAGUGCUGGUUGUAGUAGUGAUUUGCUUAUUUGUAGUAGCUUUCGGAUGGUCAUGGGGUCCGUUAGGCUGGACAGUGCCGAGUGAGGUAUUUCCACUGGAAACCCGAUCAGCUGGGCAGAGUAUUACAGUAGCAGUAAACCUUUUCUUCACUUUCGUCAUAGCACAGUCUUUUCUUUCCAUGCUUUGUUCAUUCAAAUAUGGAAUCUUCCUAUUCUUUGCUGGUUGGAUUACUAUCAUGACAAUCUUCGUAGCUGCCUUCUUGCCUGAAACAAAAGGAGUUCCUAUUGAAGAAAUGAUAUUCCUUUGGAGAAAGCACUGGUUUUGGAAAAGGAUAGUUGCUGUUGAUUCAGAAGAUGAAAACAGAAGGCAAAGCCCUUCCAUGGAAAUGGGUGUUACAAGCAGAGUUGCAUAGUCCUCCAUGCCAUUUCAGCAAGAAGUUUCAAAAUUUAAACAGCUGAUUUCAUGUAGUAGUAAACCGUUUUCUUCCCUUUUGUCAUAGAACAGUCUUUUCUUUCCUUGCUUUGUUCAAGAGUCUCCCUCACCGCCUUCUUGCCCAACGAAGAGGAAUUCCCAGAUGAUAAUUCCUUGGGCAGCCCACUGGUUCUGGAAAAGGAUAGUUCUAGAGAUUCAGAAGGAGAUAAGGAUAGACAAAGCCAUUCCAUGAAAAUGGAUGUUACAAGCAGAAUUGCAUAGCCGUUUCAGCAAGAAUUUCAAAAUUCUAACAGCUCAUUUCAUGUAACAUUGCACGAUUAAUGUAACCAUAUUGGCUUAUUAUUAGCUUAUUAAUCAAACAAGAAGCGGGGGAAAUAAGCUAAGUCUACAAAUAAA